AUGGCGGCGCCCGCGCCCGUCGAGCCGCUCGAUCCCUGUGCACCCUCCGCCAUGGGCGCCCGUGUGCCCAGCCGCGCGCCACGGGGCCCCGACGGGACCCCUGCAGGCGCCGUCUCCAGAGGAGACAAGGACGACGUCAGCUCCGGAGACUCGGGCAGCGACUCGGGAUCGUUCUACUCGAGUGACGACGACGGGGCCUCGGCGGGUGGGGCCUUGGAGGGCGUGGUCCUGGUGGGCGGGGUCUCUGUGGGCGGGGCCCUGGAGGGCGGGAUCUCGGCGGGCGGGGCCUUGGAGGGCCGGGUCUCGGUGGGCGGGGCCUCGGCGGGCGGGGCCUUGGAGGGCCGGGUCUCGCGGCGUUCGGGCGUCUUCCUGCCCCUCCAUCAGCAGACGGUAAAUCGAACGGGCCGGGACACUUCCCCGCAGAGGGCCUGCUGCAGAGGCUGCAGGGUGCAGGGUGCGCCCCAGUCUGCCCUCAGCUCUCAGGCGGGGCCUCUCACGCGAAGUGACGGCGGCAUCAGCAUCAGCAUCAGCUGUUCACAGUGCAGACAGACCAUCGCAUUCACAGGCGCCCACCCACCCCGCACCCUCUACCCUCUCCCCCCCAGCGCCCUGGAGCCCGAGUGGCUGGGCAGUGUUGAGCAGAGCGGGGAGCUCUUCUACCUGGAGCUGAGCGAGGAGGAGGGGCAGGAAGGAGCGGCGGGCAGCCAGGCCCCCAGCCACGUCCGCUUCAGCGAGCAGGAGGCCGUGGUCCUGGCGGAGGAGAGCGGGGGUGACGGCCCCCCGGGCCAGCCCGCGCUCCGGAGCUUCUCCCGCAUGCUGAGGGCCCGGGGCCUGCUCCCCAAGAAGAAGGCCGGCCCCGCCCGAGGCCCCAUGUCCAUCCUCAAGCACCGCCCGCAGCCACGCUACAAGGACGUGACCCUGCUCGUGAACCCCCGCAGGCUGGCGGCCGCCGGGGCCGGGACCCCGCUCCGGCUCCUGGAGGUGCUGCUGGGCAUCGUGCAUCAGGCCGGGGGGAGCUGCAGGCCCCGCGCCGGGCCGGCCACCGGAGCCGCGCUGACCGUGCAUGGGCUGCAGCCCGGGGGCCCCGCCCUCAAGAGCGGCCGGGUGGCCAUUGGGGACAUCCUUGUUGCAGUGAAUGGCGUGGGCGUCACCCUGGGGAACAUCGAGCGGGUCCUGUCCUGCAUCCCGGGGCCCACGCAGGUGAAGCUGACCUUUGAGAACGCCCGCGCCGUGAAGGAGGCCGAGGCCCCCCAGGAGAAGGCAGGGCGGCCGCCCGUGGAGCCAGCGCAGCUGCUGUGGGGGGAGGCCGGGGGCCUGCAGCGGGACGUCCCCGGCGCGCCGCACGUGGUGCUGUUCCUGAGCCUGCGGCUCCGCUCAGACGCGGCCAAGGAGGAGGAAGUCCUGUACCAGUACCCCACGUCUGAGGCGGCGCAGAAGCUGAGGAGCGUGCGCGGCGUCUUCCUCACCCUCUGCGACAUGCUAGAGAGCGUCACGGGCUCCCCCGUCACCAGCUCCUCCCUGCUCUGUGACGGGACCCCAGUGCACGUGGCGUACCGGAAGGAGCGCGACAAGCUGCUGGUGCUCGGCCUGCCUGCCUCCGAGGUGCCCCUCCCGCAGCUGCGAGGCCUGACGGAGCGCGUGGUGCAGACGCUGACGUUCAUGUACGGCUCCCUGGAGAGUGCCUUUGGCCAGCAGGAGCACGUGCCCCACCUGGACCACCUCUUCUGCCUGCUGUUCCAGAGGACGCUGAGGCCGGUGGGGUUGCCCCCCGGGGCCAGGACCCCUGCACAACAGUACGAGGCGGCCAGCGCCAGCCUGCUGGAUUCGCUGCCUGCCGUGCGCUGGCUCUCUCUCCCGCGAGAAGUCAAGACGGAACUGGACGCAGCACUGAGCGACCUGGAGUCCGCCGACUCUGCAGAGCUGUCUGAGGACGUCUGCGACGCACGGCGGCUCUACUCCAUCCUGGGAUCGUCUCUGUUUUACAAGGGCCUCCUGCUCUGCAGCCAUCUGCCCAGGGAUGACCUCCUGGACAUCGCCGGGUACUGCCACCACCAAGGCCUGCUGACUCUGGCCGCCAGCCCGAGGGUCGGCCAGCUGGUCGUCUGGAGGGAGGUGUUUCCCCGCUGCCACCUGCAGCCGUCCGGAGACCCCGACGCCUUCCAGGAGCCGGGGGGCAGGUACUUCCUGCUGGCUGUUGGCCUGAAGCAGUACCUGCUGUGCGCGCUGCUGGAGGCGGGCGGCUGCUCGGCAGUGGCCGUGGGGCACCCAGGGCCCGACUGCGUGUACGUGGACCGCGUGCGGAGCGCCCUGCAGACGCUGCUGACCAUGGAUGCCCGAAUCUGCCUGCAGCUGGACGCCGGCCCCGGCCUGGCCUGCGCCGACUGGCUCCUGGCAAGGGCACAGGAUGGGCCCGAGGGCCCGGCCAGCUCGCCCCUGCUGAGCCGACUACAGGGCAACCCCCGAGGGCCCAGCGCCACCCCGCCCCCCUACAGACACACCUUCGGGCACUCUCAGGACGGGGAAGGGGGUGGCCCGAGUGCCCAGGACCCCCAGGACACCCCACACAAGCGGAGAGAGCUGGGAGGCGGCGGGGCCGCCCUGAAGGUCUCCGUGAGGAAGCCCGCUCUCCCAAACCCGUUUCGCGUGGGGACCUUGAGGAAAGAGCCCUCGGAGAAGGACCCGGACGCGGGCAGCAGGGUGAGGCUGACCUCGGGAGCCGAGAACACACUUCUCCACUACGUGGCCUGGGACAGCGGGCCAGGCGUCCUCGUCACGCCCACCGCCGAGGAGGUGGCACGGCUGGGCGGCUCCCUGCACCCCCAGCUGGUCCAGAGCUUCCACCGCUGCUGCCUGUCCGUCCGCACCCACUUCCAGCAGAGAACGCCGUCUGCGGGUGGCACUCAGUGGCCGGCGUCCUCCCUCCUCCCCGUGAGGGAGUUCGGGGUGCUGAUGGAGUGCUCCCCAGAGCCCGGGGCGGGUCCCAGGAGAGCGGCGCCCGCGAUGACAUGCUGGACGGUGGGGAGACGCUUCCUCUGCCCCCGGCUGCAAGAGCUCUACCUUUGCUUUCACGACUCCGUGGCCGAGGUCGCCGCGGAGGCCGCCUUCAAGCUGUUCUGCGGGCUGAGCCCAUAGCCCUGCGGGCGUCCGGGCGGAGGGGACCCGCUCGCCUCGUCCCCCUGCACUGGCCCGACACCACGCGGUGUUUUCUGUACCGUCGGCGUCAAAAGUCU